CAUUUUGAAUAUUAAUGAUUUUAACGGUUUGUCUUCUAGAAAUAUUUGUGCUAUUCAAAACAAAUGUAAAGACAGACAGCCGUGAUGUAUCAAUUCUCAAAACACUGCGACGUUUAAGCCCUUAAACUAGCACGUGCUUUUAAAUCUAUGACCCAUUUCUAUUUGGCCCACAUAGUAUAUUACUAGGGAGGUAAAUGAGAUGUAAAGAGUUCACUUCUGAAUGAAACAGAUGUUCAUACAAAAACGUGUUAAUUAUUGUGGUUGUAGUUUGCAGUGGUGUACAACUGUACUGCGUCAUCAUUCGAACUAUUUAUACUACAGUAUUGUCCACAUUUUAGAACAGCUUUCAUACAACAACCACAAUGUAUCUAUUGUUUUAAAAAAUGUCCAUGUGUCAAACUGUCAUUAUUAUGAUAAAAACAAUGUCAUAGCUGUUAGGAGUCCAGUCAAUUUUAUUCAUAUAGCACCAAUUCACAAAAGAAAGUUAUGUCAAGGUACUUUACACAUUGAGCAAGUCAACAACCACAUUCCUCAAGCUAGACAGCAAGCACUUGGCGAUGGAGGCAAGGGGCAAACUCCCUCUAAGGCCCGGUACACGCGUAACAAUAAUCAGACUGUUUUUGCCCCAUCCCCACCAAAGACGACAAACACCAGACUAGUUUAGUAUAUUAUCCUGUGAGAUUAUCCUAUGGUCUGAGGUGUGUUAAGAGUGAAUUUGUUCCCCCAAUAACAGAGUCCAAUAAGCUUAAAUAUUAAACCUGUUCAAUUUCUACAACCAAAAAUCUUCAUUUGUGUAGAAAGCUGACUACUCAUGACUGUGAAUUCUGUCGUGAAACAGAAUGUAGCCAAUCAAGAAGCGACUUCACUGAUGAACAACAAAAUGGCCGUACAUAAAAACAAACAUGUCCUACCCUUUUUUUUUGUAUAAAAUUGGAUUUCCCCAGACAGCAAGAAGUAUUUUCCAAAGCAAGCAAGUCAUUACAAUAUCACCAUUCUGCAAUACUCCCGCCUCCUGUCUCUUCGGAAGCACUCGGGGAAACAUUGGCACAACAUAUCUGGAGGUGUUUGUUUCAGAUCACGCGAGAUUUGUGUCUUGGAGGCAGCAGAACACAAUCUUUGUGUGUGAUCUUCCGUGUUGCGAUUAUUGGAGCACACCACACGCAGUAUGACCAAAACUGUUAAAUGCUUGAUUUUGUAUCUUCACUUAUGUGAUCUGAAACAGAUUUAAAAAAUCAUUUCAGAUUUAAAAAAUCCUUGUGUGUACCAGGCCUACGGAAGAAGCUUCAAACUUAACCAGGGUCUGUGGGGUGACCGUCUGUCUCGGCCUGUUGGGUUGAGAUUGAGAGACAGAGUAGGGUUACAGAGGGUAGCCUGAGAGAGAAAACAUGAUAUAGAGGGGUUGAGCAACUGAUGGAGGGAUGAGAGAUCAAUGAGCAUAACAGCCGUAUCAGCAACAGUAAUCAUUACAUGAUGACAGCAGCAACGACAAUAACUGUGUAUGUAAUGUCAUGUGAUGGCUGGUGACACAAGCGUACUGGCUGCAGUGUACGGCCCAGCUGAAGUCAAAGUAAGUAAGGAGAUUUAUGACCGGGCAACGCUGGAGGUGAUCAUACAACCCAAAGUUGGACUUCCAAGUGUGAAGGAGCGUGCUCAAGAACAGUGUGUGCGGGAAAGUUGCGAGGCGUCUCUGCUGCUGUCCCUUCACCCUCGCUCGUCCCUCACGCUUGUUUUACAGGAGCUCCAUAAUGACGGGUCUCUGUUGUCCUGCUUCCUAAACGGCGCCUGCAUGGCAAUGAUGGACGCCGGCUUGCCGAUGAGUUGCCUGUUCUGCGGCGUCACCUGCGCCAUCCAUGCGGACGGAAGAAUCAUCACUGACCCGACUGCUGCUCAGGAAGCGGAGAGUCGAGCGCUGAUGACCUUCGCUAUCGACAGCAAAAAGCGGCGAGUGAUGAUGACCUCAACCAAAGGAUCGUUUUCAGUGCACGAGAUGCAGCAGUGCAUUGCUGUCAGUCAAACAGCAUCCGAGAAGAUCUUCAGCUUCCACAGAGAGUCACUAAGGCGGCGUUACUCCAAAAGCGUCGUCUGAUCUUUUUUAACUUUACCCGCUGCACAAAGACCAAUUUUUCUAAUAAAAUAUUCCUCACACA